CUGUUGCUGGUUCCGAAAUUAUUAUGGUAGCAAUUAACCUUCAUGUAAUAACAUAUAAGUAUAGAGUUGUACUUUGGGCUAUGGUUUGACCGGUUUUGGGAAAAGUAUCAGCGUUUGGACCAAUGUUGUGGUUCAUCCCGACGGGGCUGUCGGUGACAGCUAUGGAUUAGCCCAGCAGCUAGUAGGCUAAAGCUACUUUGCUAACAACACGCUGUCGAGUAACUUCUCAUUUGUUAGCUGGCUAGGGUUUGUUUUAGCCACGUUAGCCUUUUAGCUCAUUGAUUAAACGCAGAUAUUAGAGUACCCCUUCAUUAGUAAACUAUCGGACGGAGGCUGGAUGUUCUACUUGUCAAAAUCAGCUCUUCGGCGCUUUUAAAUUAGGGCAAUUUGAACUAUUUACAUCCAGUUAGUUAAUUACUAUACAAACACUAAUGAGUACAAUAUGAAGUGAUUAUCAAGCGCUUUCGGGAACUCCAUAAACACGGCAAAUCCACGACAUAACCUAUUUUAUACUUCACAUGUGUCAUUGUAAUCCUUAGGAACACAGAAGUGGAGAGUGAUCGGAGGGGGGUUAAGUUCUUAACACAAUAUAAUGAUGGUUUGGCUUGUAAAUGCUUUGUAGAAACUGGGUUCAGGCAGUCGCGAACUAUUUUGAGGCCUGGUUGUGAAUAUUUUAAUUUCGUCCUUUUAGUUGCAUUCAGCGCCCAUGAGAAGCCCCAAUCAAAACCCACACAAUGAAGCUCAUUUAUGAUUAGAUGAGUGGGUCCCGACGCAUCACUGAUUUGGCCUUAUGUUAUUAUGAUGUGACUAUGUUGGUACAAAGUGUCCAGUGUCUGUCAGUUCAGUUCUGGUCAGAUCGGAACCCAAAUGCCCAGUUACUUUACAAGGGAACUCAUAGGUCCUUGCUGUCAUUUUCACCAGAAAAUGCUAUUUAUCUGAAGGUUUAUUUGUGACGAUCUAUACUAAGCUCGCAACAAAAACUUGCUGUUCUGAUAACGUCAGUUGAGUGCCAAAUAAACCAUUUUUAAGGUAACUUUAUAGCCACAUCGAAGUUGUCACAUUUUGGACAUUCGGCCAUUCACUUACAAAUAGUAAAUUAAUGAGAAACUACUUGAAUAUUGCAUAGUUUAGUUUCCUGUUUGGCGGUAGGGCUUCAGACCUCCUCUUCCUCCAUUCUCUAUUGCCAACAAAAACAGCCGUCGAGGAAACCAAACCAGAGUGCACUCGGGUUUUGCCUGAAAAGAGAGAGGAAGAUUUUCCUUUUAGACUGAAGCUUUACUUCCCCGGUCCUUUUGGAUCAUGGCUAAAGAUGCUGGUCUGAUUGAAACAAACGGAGAGUUGAAGGUUUUUAUCGAUCAGAAUCUGAGCCCAAGUAAAGUCCUGUCUCUGGUUACUGUUCAGCCCACGGCUCUUCCAGUGGCCAAACAGCUAUUGCCCAAAACCCUAGGGCCCUCCAACGUCAAUAUCGCUCCACACAUGCAACACAUGCCCCACAUGGUGAUUGGAACACCCCAAAGACCUACCGUUUCCAAUACCAUACUGGUCAACAGCCCACACACGCCCAGCUCCCAGUUCCUCACACAGAGCCAACAGCCUGACGCCUCACCAUGGUCCUCAGGAAAACGUGGAAAGAAAGGUGAGAAAAACGGGAAGGGGUUGAGGCAUUUCUCCAUGAAGGUGUGUGAGAAGGUACAGAAGAAGGGCGUUACCACCUACAAUGAGGUGGCCGAUGAGCUGGUGGCAGAGUUCAGCUCCGCAGACAACCACAUGUCGCCUAAUGACUCGCAUGUGUAUGACCAGAAGAACAUCAGGCGUCGCGUAUAUGAUGCUCUUAAUGUGCUCAUGGCCAUGAACAUCAUCUCCAAGGAGAAGAAGGAGAUCAAAUGGAUCGGCCUGCCUACCAACUCCGCCCAGGAGUGCCAAAACCUAGAGGUGGAGAGACAAAGGCGGCUGGAGAGAAUCAAGCAGAAACAGUCACAGCUACAAGAACUCAUAUUGCAGCAAAUCGCCUUCAAAAACCUGGUUCAACGGAACAGGCAGUCAGAGCAGCAGACGAACAGACCCCCUCCUCCCAACUCUGUCAUCCACCUGCCCUUCAUUAUUGUCAACACCAGCAAGAAGACAGUCAUCGACUGUAGCAUCUCCAAUGACAAGUUCGAGUACCUUUUCAACUUUGACAGCAUGUUUGAGAUCCAUGACGACAUUGAGGUACUGAAACGUAUGGGCAUGGCCUGUGGUUUGGAGGUGGGCAAGUGCUCUCCAGAAGACCUGAAGAUCGCCCGCAGUCUGGUGCCAAAGGCCCUGGAGCCUUAUGUCACAGAGAUGGCGAAGGGUCCAAUCAGUAAUGUCUACAUUACCGGGGGAUCUUCCUCAAACGGAGCACGGUAUCCUGUGGGCAGUGACGGCGGCGCGGACGGCACCAUGGCCUCCAGCUCUAACGACUCGCACUACAGCGGGUCUCGUGUGGAAACUCCAGUGUCUUACAUGGGCGACGAUGACGAGGAGGACGACUACGAUGAGAACGACGAUGAAGACUAGCCUGGCUCUCCGUGUCCACGCCUCUCCAACAAGCACAGUCUUUCUAACCACAUCACCAUGGGAUUCAAGCCCACUAUUGUGUGUGUGUGUGUGUGUGUGUGUGUGUGUGUGUGUGUGUGUGUGUGUGUGUGUGUGUGUGUGUGUGUGUGUGUGUGUGUGUGUGUGUGUGUGUGUGUGUGUGUGUGUGUGUGUGUGUGUGUGUGUGUGUGUGUGUGUGUGUGUGUCCAUCCACCUUCUCUUUUUCCCUGUUCCUGUAUUCGCUCGGCCUGGCUUUCUCAGGGGUGUAGAACAAACAGGAGGUGAACACUGGGUGCGUCGUUCCCUCUGUGUGUGUAUGUGGCUGCUGAAUCACACAGGCACCUGCAGCAUAGCUCUGGGGGCACUCUCGUGCAUGGCAGCAGCACUGUGCAGAAGCCUUUUAGAUAUGUCCUUGUAUAUCUAAUCAACUACUCAAUAAGCCAUCCCAGUUCAAAAAUAAAGACAAGCAAAAAGCCCCCCCCAUCCCCCCCCCAACUUCCUUCUUCAAACCCACUGCUGUUGGAGAAUGUAUAGUGUACCGUGUGAAAUAGUUAUCUUGUUUUGUUGUGAUCGCAUUUUGGCAGACGUUAGGGGCAGGGUGAUUCAGUGUUCCACGAUGGCUGCCAAAGUGUCGGUGUAGACCUGCCGUGUCAGCACAACUCCGUGGAUCCAGCCUCAAUUGUUGCCAUGGUGUCCUACGAUAGGACCCAAAUCCAUUGCCCGUGUUGAAUACUUUCAGUUUCGAUUUUGUUUAGUGUUUUUUUCUUUUUGGACGAAUUAUCUCCAGCAGUUUCUUCAUCCCGAACCCCACUGUGGUGGGCUGACUUCCCUCUGUUCUGUAGGCAGCUGCUUUCAUGAGUUUAUUUUUUUCAGUUUGUUGCUUGUUUACUUUUGUAUACUGGAGAUGAUGAGUUCUCUUCACCGCCCCGUCACACCUUGUUAGUGUUUACAUACAAACGACACCAGCAAGGUACCGACCUCCGAAACCCAGGCUCCCUAUAGGACGAUAAGCUUUGUUUGUUAUUACGUAAAUGGACCCUAUGAUGAUUGUAGCUUAUAGUAUCCUCUAGAGGCCAGUGGUCAAAGGUAGACCUGGAAACUACCGAUGUAUGGAAUAUGUGUUUGUGACGGCUUUAUGUACUCUCCUAAAAGAUCUCAUUUUUAAAGCUGAGCAACACAUGUACGGACUCUUCCAAAUACCUUUUUCUGUAAUCUAAUAUAAGUUUGAAAUUAAAUAUAGAUUGUUU